AUGGGAGCGUCGCAUCUCAGCCCUUCCGGGUUCGCGGCUUCCAAGCACUGCACAGCCAGGCCAGAAGCCAGCGAUCGAGGCAAAGGGCACGAGAAAGGUGGCAAAAAAGGUGGCAAGUACGAGGGCAACAAGGGCCGCCCCGCGGCGGCGCCGAAGGGUGGCCGCCAGAACUGGGACCGGGACCACGAGGGCAAGUCUGGCUACUCGCGCCCCCCUCCUCCACCGCAGAGCGGCUACGCUGGAGGAGGACGCAGCGGCUAUGGCUCGCGCGACGACAACAGAUCCGGCGGCCGCCAGGAGUGGCGAGGCGGCGGCGGCGGCGGUGGUGGUGGGGGAAGCCGAGGCGGCAAUCCGCCACGGAAUUCUUACGGCCAAAGCGGUGGUGGCUCGAGAGGUUAUGGCGGAGGGUAUAGUCGAGGCGGUGACAGGGGUGAUGACCGCGGGCAAGGGCAGAAACGGCCCUACACUCCACCACCACCUUCUGCCUAUGCUUCAAAGCAGCGCUACUGA